AUGUCGGUUGUGGAAUCGAAGAGGAAGGAAAACGGGGGGUCCGGUCCGGUCACUCCGGAUAUCGGAGGAACUUCUUUGCUGAAAAGGGAAUCAAAAGUGGCCAAAUCGCUGUGGCUCCGGCAGCAGGACACAAUAACGCGGUUGGAGGAGCUUCAAAGACAGCAUGAGGAAGAAAUUCGAGCUAAAGAAGGGCGCCAAAACUCAUAUGAUGACCUCCGAACGCCCCUGCGUUCCGUAGACGGCUCCCGACGGCCCUCGGUCGUUAACGAUAUCAACGAUUACAGGGGCAGGCCUCUUCACGAUCAACUGCAUGGUGCCUACCGUGCAACUCUGUUAUCUCAUCAUACGAAGAACUUGAAUCUGAGAGGUUUCCUAAACCUCUUCUUUAUUCUGCUUUUCGUCAUAAAUUUCCGCAUGGUCACGGACAACUUGAUGGAAUAUGGGCUCAUGAUCAGGCUGCCGUCUAGCUUCAGAGAUAUUCUUUCAAACUGGCCAAUGCUGCUGUGCUUUCUCCUGAUGCAUUUUUGUAUUCUAGGUGCAUUCGUAAUCGAGCGUUUCGUGGCGGCGUGGGUUCCUCACCUUCUGGAUUGGUCCGAGUGUGUCCUUAUUGGACUAAACUUCUUUCUGGUCUUCAUCGUUCCAUACCUCACGGUUUGCAACUCUUCUCCUUCUCCCGCAGCGUCUGCCUUACUCUUGGCCUUCUCCAUCGUAUGGCUAUUCAAACUCUUUUCGUUCCAUCAUGUGUGUCUUGACGCCCGCCGAGCUCUGAGGGACGGAGACAAUUUCCGUGAGCUGUGCUCUAAUAGUGAGGAAGCCGAGCAUGUUCGGAGAUAUCCAUAUUCAAUAACCUUGCGGCACCUGUAUACUUUCAUUUGGAUGCCUACCAUGUGCUUUCAAUUCUAUUACCCUCGAGUUCCCCGUAUUAGAUGGCUGUCAGUUAUCCGUCAUGUUUUUGAAUCGGCAGCGUGCCUGGCUCUCAUGAAAAUUGUUGUCGACCAGCACAUUGUGCCCGUGGCAAGAAACUCGUUCACGAUAACAGAGAUGCAAUCCAUACCUCUAAGCACGCUUCUCGUCCACUUCCUCGACAAGAUCACCAGACUUUCAAUACCAAACCUCUACGUGUGGCUGCUCAUGUUCGUCGGCCUCUUUCACCACUGGUGCAACAUUCUCGCGGAGGUCACUCGUUUCGGAGACAGGCAGUUUUACUUGGAUUGGUGGAAUGCGUCAAGUUUCGGCGAGUACUGGAGAAAAUGGAAUUUGCCCAUUCACCACUUCCUCAAUCGCCACAUUAACAAGCCGCUUCGUCGAGCGCGUUUCCCGCGGAUCGUCGCGACUUCUGUCGUUUUUCUUAUUUCUGCGCUGCUCCAUGAGUACAUGAUUACGGUGCCAUUGCAACUAGGCUGGACAGGCUGGGUUUUCUUGGGAUUCAUGGCUCAAGCGCCGCUAACCUAUAUUACAAAUCUUUCAUUUUUCCAAAGAAACCCCACAGUUGGCAAUUGUUUCUUCUGGUUCAUCUUUUGCUUCUCGGGUCAACCACUUGGCAUUCUGAUCUACUGGUACCUCUGGGGGGUCAAGCAUGGCACGGUACAGCAGCUAGACCCGAGCAAAAUACAGAUCAUGUAG